CCGGUUCUGUCAGCAUGGCACGGGGACGCGUCUGAUGCGCUCUUUGGACCGGACUCUCAUCAAGGAUUUAGUUUUUUGACUGGACGCGUGUUUCCCCACUCAUGAGGCAGCCACCGAGUGAGUUUGAUAGCAUGGCACUGAGCGGCACGCUUUUGCCCUCUAUUUCCACCUUUGCGAGCGAUGCAGAUGUGAAGCACAAGGCCAUGACGGGACCUGGAAUGACCAGUUUAGUGAGUAUCAAACAGGUGAUGGUCACCGAUCCGUUUACUAGCGAAAUUCCGCCGCUGGUGAGAUUAUGUCAUUACCGCGACAGGGGCGUGAACCGUUCCGUUCCGAUGGAGAUGUCUCAUCUGAAGCGCCCCUGCAUGUCUUCAGGUGGGACCUGCACUGACCAGGACGUCCCCUCCGUAAUGACCAAGAGGGAGCCAGAAGAGCUGGACCUGUUGGACUAUGAUUUUAUCCUGUCGAACAGCAUGCUGCAACAGCAGCAACAGGCCGCAAUGGCCAGCGCCUCGAGAGCUCUUCCACCAUCCCCUGCGUCCUACACCUAUCCGAUGCCCUCUCCUCAGGGACAAGAGUCCAGCAUGUUGUACAACAUCCCGGACAUCAGCGACGUAUCUCCCUCGGGAGGUUUUGUCGCCGAGUUGAUGAGGCCGGAGCUGGAUUCUGCGUAUCUUCAGCCCACGAGCCUCCACGGUAAAUUUGUGGUGAAGACUACCAUGGACAUGACCGAUUACAGCCAAGGGCUUAGUAAGGGCGGCUCAGUGUCGGACUCUUCCUCCCUGCCGUUUCCUAGGAUAAAGCAGGAGCAUCCUAGCACCUGCACCAUCACCCGACCGAUGGAUCUCCAUCUGGGGGUGAACUCGCGGCCCGGAGUCAGCCAGAGACCGCUGAUGGACCCUCGUGGUUUCAGCACAGGCCAAGGGGCCAUGGGCCCCAGUCGCUCUUCCACUUCCUCUCUCUCUCCGGACGAGCAUCCUCAAGCUCAGGUUCUGGGGCUCCCUCCGAUCUCCCUGGCCCCGGGAUAUCACCCCUCGCCGGGUUAUUCUGGCUUUCCGCAGCCUCCCGCCCAGUCAAUGCAGUACCAAGAGCUGAUUUCUCCAGCCGAGGGUUUGCCUGAAGAGUCCAAGCCCAAGCGGGGUCGGCGCUCCUGGCCGAGGAAGCGGACAGCGACGCACACGUGCACCUACGCAGGCUGUGGCAAAACAUACACCAAGAGCUCCCAUCUCAAAGCCCACCACAGGACUCACACAGGAGAAAAGCCGUAUCACUGUGACUGGGAGGGAUGUGGCUGGAAAUUCGCCCGUUCGGACGAGCUCACGAGGCAUUACAGAAAGCACACGGGCCAUCGGCCGUUUCAGUGCCAGAAAUGUGACCGAGCCUUUUCCCGAUCCGACACCCUCGCGCUGCACAUGAAACGCCAUCUAUAACCAAGACUGGAAGACGCCAAAAAAAGUGAAGAUACCAGUGGACUAGUGAACCACGUGUUGCCUUUGAACAAGAGUCAACGAAACUAGAGCUCCAUGACAAGCUGUGUCGUCCACAGCAUCAGGUUUGGGACUUUUCGUGUUCGCUUCGUUUAUUUUUUUUCCCCCUUUUUGUCGUUGUCUUCCAACAUGCUGGCGAUUCCCUGUCCGUUUCCUGCACACUGGGACAAUACUGGAACGUGCGUCUACUUACCGACAAAACUUGGAGAUGCCAAGUGCCAAACACAAGACUGGAAAUAUAUGAAUAUCAGGGAUAAUAAAUGGAAACAUUAGAAUAUAUGUAUUAAAGAAGCCUUUAAUCGACCUACAUUCCAUCACUCGUUCCGUCUUCUGGAUUGUUUUAUUGCUCUCUCUAAAGCCAUUAAUUUCAGGUACAGAAUAAUUUAUGUGUGUUACAAGAUGGUGCGGAGUAUAGCCAGGUGUAUUCAGUAAGGUAC